GUCAAUGCUUCCCGUGGCCCCGGUGUGCGCUGUCUCUCCCGCGCGCGGGAACCGGAGCAGGACAAAAGGUUUCACCUGAGGCAACACGAAAACCAACAAGAGGACGGUUUCCCCCGCAACACGAACUAUCCUGCUCAUGUAAAAACUGGUAAGUGUGUUUGUUGUAUCGAAUCCUCAUUGUGGCUGUGAUCAACGCAAAAAACAGGGGUUUGUAGUACUAUUUUUCGUUGUCUAUUCUGUAACAACUGCAAUGGUAGAGGUAUUAUGAUUCUGUACAUUUGGAGCGGCUAAAAGCCGAAACGUUUCAGCACCAUGGCCAGCGACACUACAGAUAAACUUGCUACAACAAGCUAUUCCAACACUACUGCUGCCUCGGAUUCAGGUUCUACAUCACAUAAUGAUGUCGGCUGGCGCAAGCCUAUUUGCUAUGUUUUUUGUUUUUUUUACCAUUAUUACAUGUUUUUUGAAUAUUGAUCAUUUUAUGAAAGGUGCAUAUUUCAAGGCUACUUUUUAAUUAAGAAUGAAAGUCUCUGUAGAUGUCCUCAUUGAAAUAACUAAACUGACAAAAUUGCUUGUGCUCUUUUACAUUCUCUUUACUUGUAAUCUUUUGUAGUAGGCUUAUUGGAGUUGAUCUCUCAAUUUAUUUGUUUUCUUCUUUUUUUUUAAACUUUUGUAGGGGAAAAGAAAUGAACGACAGUGAGCUGGUGAACGAGACAUUAGAGCUUUCGCCGCUGCUUCCCUGGGCGGAUGGCAACGGCACCCUUUUCGAGUUCUCCUCCGCCUCUGUCUCGCACCUGGAGUUUCCCGUGAACCCGUGGGACAUCAUGCUGUGCCUCUCCGGCACCGUGAUCGCGUGUGAGAACGCGCUCGUGGUGGCCAUCAUCGUCUACACUCCCACGCUGCGCGCGCCCAUGUUCGUGCUCAUCGGCAGCCUUGCGACUGCCGACUUGCUGGCCGGUGUGGGAUUAAUUCUCAACUUCGCGUUUCAGUACCUUACCUGUUCCGACACCGUAAGCCUCAUCACCGUCGGCUUCCUCGUGGCGUCAUUCAGUGCGUCGGUUAGCAGCCUUCUUGCCAUCACAGUGGACCGUUACUUUUCCCUCUACAACGCGCUAACUUACUUCUCCGAGAAGACCUUACACUGCGUGCACAUAAUGGUGGCGGGCACGUGGGUCGUGUCUGUGUGCCUUGGACUGUUGCCGGUGCUCGGCUGGAACUGUCUCGAUGAGCCCAGCACCUGCAGCAUCGUGCGCCCGCUGACUCGGAAACACGUGACGCUGCUGGCCACCUCGUUCUUCGUGGUGUUCGGGCUCAUGCUCAGUCUCUACUUCAAGAUCUGCAAGAUAGUGUGCCACCACGCGCACCAGAUUGCCCUGCAGCAGCACUUUUUCAGCACCUCGCACCUCGUGGCCACCAAGAAAGGCGUCUCCACCUUGGCCAUCAUCAUGGGCACGUUUGGCGCCAGCUGGCUGCCCUUUGCCAUCUACUGCCUAGUAGGGAAGCAGGAGUACCCGUCCGUGUACACCUACGCCACCCUUCUUCCCGCAACCUACAACUCUAUGAUCAACCCCAUCAUAUAUGCCUACCGGAACACAGACAUUCAACGCGCGCUCUCCGUACUUUUCUGUGGUUGUUUUCAAACGAAUGUCUCCUAUCGUUCUCGGUCUCCCAGUGAGGUGUGACUUAACCAUGUCUGUUCCACUGUGCGUGCUUUUAAAACCAGAGGGUUUAUCCUACGGUCUAUUAUCUGCCAACUGUUGCCGUUUCAUGAAAACAUGAUUGGAGCGCUAAAUGUCCGUUACGCAUCUGCACUUUACCAGGAGUCCUGCGAACAAAUGACCGUUUCAUAGGGACACUGACAAAACAUGUAUGUGUGUUUUAAUGAGAGAGAUAAUGGGUGUGAGUGUGUUUGGGUGCGCGCUGAAGAAUGUACAUAUAUCCAAAAUGAAUGAAGAGAAUUUUGCACUUUACUGUGAUAGUAAAAAAAAAAACGCCAAAGCAGUAUUGCAUAGGCCUUUGUGUUUGGUUGAAAAUACUUUGUACUUUGUCCGUUGUGUGUAUGAUUUUAUAUUUUGUAAAACUUGUCUAUAAUUGUAUAUUUUCUACCAGAUCGACAAGCCUAUGGGAAUAAACUAACUGAAAAACAAAACAAAACAAAUAAAUGGCCUCCCGUGUAUUACUUCAGACCCACAGUCUGUCCUUGUCCAGUAACAGAACGGCCGACGCUUCCGCCAGAGAGUGCCACAGGUGUUUCCUGCUGGGUGCUAUGAGGUGGCGGGCUACUUUAAGGCUCUAUUUCAUUUUCAGUGUCACACUGCAUGCAGUACACAUAUUUGGAUAAAUUCAGCAAAAUUAGCACCAACUAAGGACAACCUACUCGGUCAAAAAUGUGCUCAGAGCAUGCUGGCUGAAGAUUAUAUUCGUAUAUAGUAUGAACCCUACCCCAUACGACUCCUACCUCCUGAAAACCUAAACAACUUUGUUUCUUUACAAACUUUUAUGAU